AGUGUUAAAGUCUGUUUGUUUAAUGUUUGUGCACGCUUCUUCCAGUCCUCCUCCUUCUCCAGUGCAGACAGCAGAAAGAGAAGGCUUUGUACUUCAAGUUUAGGCAUGGAUUUGAUGGAAAUUUACGAAAUUGACCGGACAGUGGAUUUCAUUCACAGCAGAAACUUCACCAGAGUCGCUUUACAGUUUCCAGAUGAGUUACUGAAGGAUUGUACUAAAGUGGUGAGAGCUUUGAGGGAGAAAAUUGCGAAACUGAAAGAACAAAUUGGGGUUAGUUUGUUUGUAAUGGCGGAUUCAACGUAUGGAAGUUGUUGUGUUGAUGAAGUAGGAGCUUCGCGUAUCAAUGCUGAUUGUGUUAUUCAUUACGGACACACUUGCCUUAGCCCGACAUCGACCCUUCCGGCUUUCUUUGUUUUUGGAAAAGCUAUGAUUGAUGUAUCAAGUUGUGCUGCAAGUUUAUCGAAUUAUGCCUCAAAUAACAGCAAGCCCUUUCUGGUGCUUUUUGGACUGGAAUAUGCACAUGCAAUUCCAUAUAUCAGAGAGGAACUGGUAGCAGCAGCAUCCACACUAUCUGGGUCCAAAACCAAGACUGUAUUUCAUUUUGCGGAAGUUAUGUGUCCAUUAAUAAAUCCUCCCGAUUGCCAUAAAGAUUCUGGUGGGCUUCCCAGGUCAGUUGGUGAUGGUGAGGUUAGCAAUGAACUUGGUGUGGCAGCUUGUUCUAGACACACCAUUGGAGGCUUGAGCUGGGAAUUACCUAGUGGACAAAAAAUGGAGGACUACUUGCUUUUAUGGAUUGGUUCGGACAAUUCAGCAUUUGCAAAUGUUGUACUCACAUUCAAUGGAUGCGAAAUAGUCAGAUAUGAUGCCAAUGGAAAUUUCUUGGGAACAGAUUUAUCUCAACAGAGAAGGAUUCUGAAGCGUAGAUAUUACCUAGUGGAGAAGGCAAAAGAUGCUAACAUUGUUGGGAUUUUGGUGGGAACUCUCGGAGUAGCUGGUUACCUCAAUAUGAUCCAUCAGAUGAAAGACCUGAUCACUGGUGCAGGGAAAAAGGUCUAUACUCUUGUCAUGGGAAGGCCAAAUCCUGCAAAGCUUGCCAACUUCCCUGAAUGUGAUGUUUUUAUCUAUGUCUCCUGUGCCCAAACUGCUCUACUGGAUAGCAAAGACUUCUAUGCUCCAGUUAUUACUCCAUUUGAGGCCAUGCUAGCUUUCAACAGAGGAAGUGAAUGGACAGGAGCAUAUGUGAUGGAAUUCAGGGAUUUGAUUACUUCAUCUCCAGUGGAAGUGAAGAGUUACUCUGAAGAAGCACGGUUUUCUUUUGUGCAAGGCAGAUAUGUUGAAGAUUUUGAUUUGCAAGGUAAAAAAAGAAGAAGAAAAUGAAGGAGUUCUAGCUUUGGCAAAUGCAACAGAGAAGGCUCUAAAAUUGCAGGACAGAAGUUCUAAUUCUCUCACCAAGGGCACAGUGCGAUCCGGGGCAGAUUAUUUUGCAACUCGGUCUUAUCAUGGUCUUGACAUGCACGGUGAUGAUUCUAUGCUGGAGCCAUAUCUAAUUGGCAGAACUGGAAAGGCAUCAGGUUACCAACAUGAGAAAGGCGAGUAGGAUAGUUUUGGUUAUUUUACUGAAAUUGUGAGACAUAGCAAGAGAAAGUGAAAGGUUAACCCUGGAAGCGAGCUCCUAGAAUUUCUGGGGGGUGAGCCUGGCUGGGAGAAAAUUGAGGUCCAUGUUUUGCUUCUUGACAAGUGAUGCCUGAUCAAAAUUUUUUAGUGGUCCAUUUUGUUGUUGAGUUUACCUGCAUGGAAACAAGGAUAUAAUAUUUGUGUUUGCUUUCUUAGCAUUUGGUUUUGUAAUCCCAGGAAAUGAUGAUCAACAACAGCAACAAAGAUAGAAUUGGCUAUUGCAUUUUGCUAUUAAUGCAAGACUGUGAUUUCAUUUU